AUGUCUAUACAAAAUUCUAAACGAUUAAGUUUAGUCAAAACUGAAUUACCACCUUGCUGCGUUAGAAUAUGCCCGUCUGACAAUUCAGUUAUUAUCUUAGGAACCUAUAAGUUAGAGGAAGAUAGGACAAGACAUGGAUCAAUCGAUGUAUAUGAAUAUGAUGAGCAAGACGAUAAUAAAUUAACUAUUUCAAAACAAUAUAAAGUAGACGGUGCCGUAUUAGAUUUAAAAUUUCAUAGUAAGAAUGAUUCGAUAUUGAUAUCGGCUCAUUCGACCGGUAACUUAAUAUUUUGGAAAGUUGAUGCUGCAAAUAGGACAUUAUCUGAGUUGAAAAAUUAUCAAUUAUUCGAUGAAGAAACUUUAAUAACGUCGAUUUUUUGUUCUCCAAUAGACCAAAAUUUAUUGUUAGCUACUGCAACAACUGGAGAGGCAGCAUUGGUUAAUAUUUCAGACUAUUCUAUGCAACUAUUAGAUACUGUGCAUGAUCUUGAAUGUUGGACCGGUUCAUUUGGUGAGAUUGGUGAGUUAUCGCAAGUUGUUUUUACAGGUGGUGAUGAUGCCAAAUUGAUUGCUCAUGAUUUGAGGACUAAUCAGAGUAUUUGGAAUACGGGACACCGCCACCACGGUGCAGGUGUAGUUUCAAUUCUUUCACCGGGUCCAAAUUGGAACACCAACAACAGUAAUCAUUUAUGGACAGGGUCCUAUGAUGAUAGCUUACGUAUCCUAGAUUUACGUGUUAUAGACAAAGGAAAUCCUCUGUUAAUUCCGGGAUAUAUUCCUAAAGUGAUACAGGAAGGAAAUUUAGGCGGAGGGGUCUGGAGGUUAAUACCAAGUCCAUUGCCAAAUGAUAAUAGGGUUAUGUCCUGUUGCAUGUAUGAUGGAGCAAGAAUAAUAAAGCCUGGCAAUGAUACUUUUGAAGUUACUAGAUAUUUCAAAAGGGAUCACGAGAGUAUGUGUUACGGUGGUGAUUGGUCUAGUGGAGGUAAAUUUAUCGCCACAUCUUCGUUCUACGAUAACAUAGUUCAGAUAUGGUCACCAGACGAGACUGAGUAA